ACAAGAUGGCGACGAUGUUGACGCGUGUCAGCUCUAGUAGACUUUUAACGUGUACAUCUAUGGGAUGUAGACUUCAAACGCACUGCUUAAAUUCACUGACCUGAAAACGAGCCCAGACGCAACAAGCUGCAGAAAAAUGCUUCGAUUUCUUUGUUGUUGCUGCGAUUUGGGUGAAAACUCUGAGAGGCAGCCUCUGCUUCAGCCCAGGUCAGCCAGGCAGACCUGCCCCACUCCCAGUGAUUCCCAAAAUGAAAAACGGAUUGGACGACUGACAAUGAGGCGAGUCAAUGUCCCAGAGCUGGAUCAGAGGUUUACUGAUGUCGCUGAGUCCUUCAAUGAGCAGCAGGAGCACCACGAGGCCAUGCUCCAACACAUCAGAAACCUGAAACAGAGCUGGGACUGCACUGGCACUGAUACUCAGAACUUUGCUGACUGUAUUAAGAAGAUUCGGGAUGAGCAGCAGGCCACGUACCGGAUCUCCUUGAAGAUGAAGUGCUAUGACUUCUCCCUCACCGUGGAGCCUGUUCAGGAAGAACACGAUGAGCAGCCACUGCCUCCAAAUCUGAAGUUAGCACAGGAUGAAAUCAAGGGUCUUUCUGACAGCGCCAAGGCCACUGUAUCAAAGGGAACGCCACUUCAGCAGCUCAUCAGCUGGAUGCUGCAGGGACAGGGUCAGAUGGCUCAGCAGGUGAAGGAGGCAGCGGGAACUUUCCAAGAGCAAGGAAGACUGACUGCGAAUCUGGAUGAGAACAUCAAGGAAGUGAGGAGGGCAAAGGAGUUGUCGCUGGGAUACAGGAAAGUGGCUGCAGAGGUUUACAACGAGGCUGCACAGAUAGCUGGAGUUUGUGUCUAAAUGUUUGUGUUUUCACCCGAAGCAUCGCAGGUCAUCUGACCAGUUGCUCCUGGACGUUCCAAGGACACAGCGUAAGCUCGGCGGGGAUAGGGCCUUCGCUGUUGCUGCUCCCAGGCUAUGGAACUCUUUGCCGGCACAUGUUAGAAAGGCCUCCUCACUGGAAACUUUAAAAUCGUCUUUAAAGACCCACCUUUUUAGCAUGGCUUGCGACACCUUGUGAAAGUUUGGAUUUCUAUUUGAUUUUAGUGUUUUAUUUUAUUGUGCUUUUAACUUUAUUCUGUAUUCUAUUUUAUCCUGUUUUAUGCUUUUAUGUUUUUACGUUCAGCACUUUGGUCAGUGAGGGCCGUUUUUAAAGUGCUUCGUAAAUAAUGUUGGCUUGGCUUGUUUUUACUCUGACUUUAGUAAAAUUUCCUGUUAAAAAAAACAAAUGCAGCAAUGAUCAUAGACACUCAGCUUCAUGAAAACCCUGAAAGACAACAAAUGCACAAUUUUAUCACUUAAACAAACGAGACUCCAUAGUGGAAAAUAAAACACAAAUGUCAAUCAUUUUUAUUUUUUUAAAUUAUUUCUUUUCAAGAUAUUUUCAUAUCUUCAAUAUUUUCAUUCUCCUUUUGAUCAAUGUUGUUUUUUAUUUUGAUAAUUUAAUGAUUUCUUUUCUUCAUUAUCUUUGCCCACAUGUUUGAGUUUAGUUUUCUGUUAAGAGAUGUGUUUUUGAUUAUUUUGCAACAAAAAUUGUUCAUAUUAACAUAAAAAAAACUAAAUUAAGCCAUAACCUUUUUAUUUACAGCUCACUGAAGUUACUAUUUCACAUGUACUCCAAUUUGGGUUGAAAUCACAGUUUUCUUUCACUGUGACUUAAAUAAACAGAAACAUAAAAUUUCAUGGGACAAGUCAGCUAAAACAAAAUAUGUGUUCGCUAUUCUUGUAAAAAAUAAUGCAGGAAUACGGAUAAUACCCCACGCCUUGCCUGCUGGAAUGAAGCUACACAUUCUGUCUUUUGCUGAAUCUGCAGUUGCACUGUUUUUUCCAUGCAUUUCUCUCUAAAACACACUUUCAGGGACGGGAUGACUAUCAGCGACACGUAAAGGUUGAGGGGGAAACAAUUUUCUCCUUGUGUUUUCUUGAUCAGGUGUGCUGAGAUUUCAAUGAACAACCUGCCUUUUCUGGUUGGUUUAUUUCUGAGCGCGUGGUCUUCUAACUAAAGGGGGCGCUGCAGACUCACUUUACAUUUAUUAAACUUCUACUUCAAGUAAAUUGGAAAAUAAAUAAAUCCAAAUCUCAGCACCAAAAUAA